UAUCAUUGAGAUUCGUCGGGACGAAUAUUCAAUAUGGUGCCUAUCAGAGUGUUACUGCUGAUCGCAAUACCGCUCAUUGGUAUCUUUCUGCAAAAAUCAUCCUGCAAGGGCGUUGACGAAAGUAAUCAUCAAGUGGAAAGUUCCCCAGACCUCGAAGGGGACCAUGAGGUGAUUAGAACCAAGCGAGACGUUGACAAUACUAUUGCAGACAUGACAGAAUAUAAACGUCCAUUGGGCGAUUCAGCACUAUCAAAUGGAGAUGAAACAGAAGAAAUAGAAAAACGAAGGAUUGGGCGUUGGCGAAGAUUGAUUCGUCGCAAGCCUGGUCGAAGAAGGAGACCAAAUAUGAGGAGAAUAUUUGGAGGUGCGGGUGAUAUAAUUGGUGCAGUGGAUACUGGUAUGAAAAUAGCCGAUUUGUUGAGGAACAAUGGAUAAUGAUUAUUAGGAGGAGCAUUCCUAAUAUAUCUGUACAACAAAUUAUGCAAAAUAAAUCAACGCUUUAUUGA